AUGCCCUUGACCCGCUCCGACAGCUCGCAGUCGGCGUGGGUGCUUCCGCAGGACGACGAGGGCGACUUCCCGGAACAGCGGCGACUACGGCAUCUGAGCGGGAUUCUCCUGCGCAAUCUCAGUUUGGAUCCGGCUCGAGAUGGACUGUCGACAUCGCUGGCUGGACCCGGCAAGCUCGUGUCUCUCAACGACCCUCUCCCCACUUCGCUCGUCGGCAAGCUCGCCUCGACUUCCUACGACGCUGGACCGCCGUCCGCCGACAUCAACGACUUUGCAAUACCCUCGCCGAGGAAGGGACGGCGACGAGCGGGCAGUACGGCAAGCUGGAGCGGAACACUGGCCGCAACUCGAGCGGAAGACGCUGAACUGGUCCUCGACGCAAAGCCGCCGGCGCGGAUACGACCGAAACGGUCGUCGAGCGUCGGAACGCUGCUGGGAAAGGCGGUAUCGAUUGACGAAGAGGAGGGCACAUACGUGUCCGCCGCGACCUCGAACCUGACCCGCGCCUGUUCAGCUUCUCGCGCCUCUAUAGGCUCGGCCGGUUCGGGCUCGACGAUUCGCCAAGCACCGCGACUUCCACCUUCUCGACCAGAUGGCGAUCACCUCGCCAAGGAGAAACCGCCACCUCCAGCAUCAUCCCUCUUCGCGCUGAAGGAGAGACAGCGGCAGGAAGGGGCGAUGAAGCGGCGACUCGUCGACAGCUUCGUCACGUUGGAGCUCGUGCCUGCGAAGACCGGCGCCUGGCAGGACGAGCGACCAGUACUCGGGAGUCGGCGAAGAAGCGGAUCGGUCGCGAGCGUUGGUAUGCGAAGAAGCGGGAGCGGCAACUCGCUUCGCGGGUCGACUUCUUCUCCGACGAAGAGCAUGCGACGACGGACGAUCUCUUCCUCGCUACUUGCUUCCGAUCUUCCUUUCACCGCGUCAUCCUCUUCGCCUCGACAACCGCAAACGUCGUCUGAGCCCUUCUUCAUCUCGCCUAUCUCGCCUUCCGCCAUGCAUGCCGACAUCCUUGUCGACCACAACUCCUUCAUUCGGCCCGACUCUCCAUUGUCGCCCUUUCCAGACGACUCGGGCACGCAGUCCUGGCCAGGGCUGAGCGAGAGUCGACUGCGGAUCAAGGUCUUCGCUCGACCGACGGACGGACGACGCGUUGCAAAGGGGAAGCGGAGGGAGGGGGAAGAUGGCUGGCGAGUCUUGACAGAGUGGGAUGUUGAGCUGGAUGGGCUGACAAGUCUCGGACGAGAUCCGGCCAACUUUCCGCCUCUACCGCCCAACACCCUCGUCUUUGCGCUCUCCACCUCUCCAUCCGAUCCUUUCGCCUCACCCUCCUCCUCGUCUUCCGCCGACCUCGAAUACUUCACUGCCCCACUCACCCUCCUGUACCGGUCCCGCCGUCGCCGCCUCGUCCGGCGCAACUCAGUCUCGACUCUCCACCCGCGCGCCUGGUCCGAAGACGAAGCAGACGCGAGCGACUCGGACCUGUCCUCCUGUUCUUCCGACGAAGACGGCGGAGGGAACAUGUCUGAUCCAGGCGUCGGUAACGGAAGCGGGACCAUCCGUACCCGUCCUCGGUCGGGAACGAUCCGCUCGCUCCGGUCUAGGCUGAUCAAAGCGGAAGAGGAGCGGAGGAAGCGCGCGGCGGUGUUGGAGCGGAGCAGGAGGGAGACGAAGAUGGUUAAGGCGGCGGAUUGGGAGGAGAUGCGGAGGCUUUGGGAGGGAGAGUGGGAGCUGAGGCAUGUGAGGAGCGAGCAGAAGGAGGUGAGGAGGCGGAUUGAUGAGGCGCUCGAACAAGGGUGGGCGGAGCUGGAACGCGAGCGAGCCGAGCUGCAAGACCGCGUCGAUGACCUCGACAACGUCAAGGAGGCCGUUCGAGAUGAGCUGCUCGACAGUCAAGCGGAGAUCGAUCGACGGAAAGAGGGCCUUGCAGCUCGGCGCGAACGACUACGGCGGGCGAGGGAGCUUGACGAGCAGAGCAGGGAGAACUUGCGAGCUCAAACAGCGGCUCUCGAUGACAGUUCUCGCGCCCUAGACAAGCUGAACGAGUCCGCCCAAAUCCGCCGUACGCAACUCAUCACCCUCCUCUCGCACAUCUUCCCCAUCGAGCCAGUCGAGCCGACCUCGACCAAGCACCCUCAGCCCGACCUCCUCUUCUCCAUUGUCGGCCUCCCCCUCCCCAACUCCAGCUUCCCCUCCUCCUACUCAGACGACCUCCUCUCCUCCGCGCUCGGCUACGCCGCACAAGUCACCCAGCUCCUCGCAGCCUACCUCGGCGUUCCGCUCUGCUACCCCAUCCAGUGCCGGGGAAGUCGGAGCGUCGUGUUCGACGAGAUCAGCAUGAUGAAGGGUCCGCGGGCGUUUCCGCUAUACGGGAAGGGCGUCGACCAGUACCGGUUCGACUAUGGAGUCUUCUUACUCAACAAGAACAUCGAGCAGCUCAUGUACUCUCAACGCCUCAUCGUCCUCGACCUCCGCAAUACCCUGCCCAACCUCAAGUCCCUCAUCCUCAGCUUGUCGUACGACCCUUCGCACGCCGACUAUCGCAACUCGACGCUGCUGCCAAGCGGACCAUUCGCGGGCGUCGAGGCGGAGGAGGAAGAGCUACCGGCUUCGCCCACUGAAGCUGCCGCGCUCGCUGAGGCUACGACGGGGGCGGUGAACUUAGAAGAUGACGACGAGCGAGGGAGAGAUGGCGCUUCGAGCAGGAUGACGAGGUCGUCAUCGAACGCCUCAACCAUUCGAGCGCCGUCGACGUCCCGCCAGUCCAACGGCGCCGACGCGGACCCGCCAAACUCGCCGACUCCUAGCGUCAGGAGCGUUAACGGCGAUGCGACAGGUUCGGACUCGUCUUGGGUCGUCAGUGGCAACGGGAGCGGACGAACGACCCCAACAAACCGGCGCAGGAAGGACACGGAGAAGCGCAUCAUCCCCGCUCGGGAAGACUCCUCCGCGCACCACGUCUCGCUCACGAUCAAGUCGACUCGACCUGCGUCGAUCAAGACGGCGCGGAGCCGGACCUCGUCGAAUGCGAGCAACUCGAGUGGGUACGGGGCGAAGAUCCGUGAUGGGCUGUGGAGUGCAGUUGCGGGCGGGUCGGGCAGCCGAGAACGGAGAGAAGGGCGCAAGGGGAGGAGAAGUGCGAUGGAGGUGGGUGCAGAUGGAGGAGAAGGGGAAGUAGCGUGA